AGUUCACUGUUCCAUUUGCACACUGGGCUCUUUGACGCAACAGAGAAAGAUGCCUUUUUUUUUUCUUCCUCUUAAAUCUGCCUGGCCAAUUUAAAGCUUGUGGAUUCUUUCUUCCCCCUCAGGGAAAGCUUAUGAGAGGAUUUUCUUUUUUUAACAGUUCAUUCCAUGAAACUGUUUUUUUUUUUCCCCCCCUGUAGAUUGUUUGCUGUCAGGAAACGUUGAAGCUGAACACAAGGCUUUCAUUGCAGAUUUCUAUCAAAAGACCUAAAAUUAGUUGCAUCAGGAAGGAAGGAUGUAGGUGUAUCGUUAUUGCCUCUUUCCAGCCUGUAAUUGAGGUCACCUUUUGCCGACUACUGCAAGCUGAUAAGAUAACAAUGGGAGUGACUGUGGGGAGUGGCAGGUGUCACUCGGCUCACAGCUUCUCCUUUGCAGCUGGGCUCUUAGCACUGCCAAGUACAUGUGAGGCUGCACCUGAUACCCGAGCGGAGCAUGCACUUUAGAAGGAAGCUGCCAAACCCACUCGUGUACGUACAUGCAUCUGUUUAGGGGCUCUGUUUGGACACACACAGCAAUGUAGGUGCUGACAUACCCACGCCUGCUCCCGGAGAGAUGAUGGUUCGGCGAGGGCUGAGUGCCUGGCUCCCUCGGAUGGUCGUUCUGCUUGUGGUGCUCUGCUCUGCCGUGUCCGUCCUCUACAUGUUGGCCUGUACGCCGAAGGGCAUCGAUGAGCAGCUUGCAUUCCCCAGGGCCAACAGCCCAACGGGAAAGGAGGGGUACCAGGCCAUUCUGCAGGAGCGAGAGGAGCAGCACCGCAAUUACAUCAACAGCCUCAAGAAGCAAAUCGCGCAGCUGAAGGACGAGCUGCAGGAGCGGAGCGAGCAGCUGAAGAGCCUGCAGGACCAUGACACUGACUCGCUGGGCCCGGGGCUGGAGCGCAGUAACCCCGAGAAGACCCCCGCCGACCUGCUGGAGUUCCUGCGCUCCCAAAUCGACAGAGCUGAGGUGCACGCCGGCGCCAAGUUGCCCACAGAGUACGCGGCUGUGCCCUUCGAGAGCUUCACCCUGCAGAAGGUGUAUCAGCUGGAGACGGGGCUGACACGCCACCCCGAGGAGAAACCCGUGAGGAAGGACAAGCGGGACGAGCUGGCGGAGGCUAUUGAGUUGGCCCUGGAGACUUUAAACAGCCCAGACAGUGACAGCAACGCAAAUCAUCACAUGUACGCAGCCUCGGACUUCAUAGAAGGCAUGUACCGAACAGAAAAAGACAAAGGCACGUUGUAUGAGCUGACUUUCAAAGGAGACAGACCACACAAAUUCAGACGAAUCAUUUUAUUCAGACCAUUUGGUCCCAUCAUGAAAGUGAAGAAUGAGAACCUCAACAUGGCCAACACGCUCAUUAACAUUGUCGUUCCAUUAGCCAAGAGAGCCAGCAAGUUUCGACAAUUCAUGCAAAAUUUCAGGGAAAUGGGCAUUGAGCAGGAUGGGAGAAUUCACCUCACUGUAGUUUACUUUGGAAAAGAACAAAUGAACGAAGUGAAAGCAAUACUUGAAAACACCUCCAGAUCAGCUAACUUCAAGAAUUUCACCUUUAUCCAGCUGAAUGAAGAAUUUUCGAGAGGGAAAGGAUUAGACAUAGGUGCUCGCAUUUGGAAAGGAAACAACGUCGUUCUCUUUUUUUGUGAUGUAGAUAUAUACUUCACUGCUGAAUUCCUGAACACCUGUAGAUUGAACACACAGCCAGGGAAGAAAGUAUUUUACCCAGUUCUUUUCAGCCAGUAUAACCCAGGUAUAAUUUACGGGCACCAUGGUUCCAUCCCACCCUUAGAACAGCAGCUGGUUAUAAAAAAGGAAACUGGAUUCUGGAGAGACUUUGGCUUUGGCAUGACAUGUCAGUACAGGUCUGAUUUUAUCAACAUAGGUGGCUUUGAUCUGGACAUUAAAGGCUGGGGAGGAGAAGAUGUUCAUCUCUACCGCAAAUACCUUCACAGCAACCUUAUCGUGGUCAGGACGCCUGUCCGGGGCCUCUUCCAUCUCUGGCAUGAAAAGCACUGCCUGGAUGAGCUGAGCCCGGAGCAGUACAAGAUGUGCAUGCAAUCCAAAGCCAUGAACGAGGCUUCUCACGGCCAGCUGGGGAUGCUUGUCUUCAGGCAUGAGAUUGAGGCUCACCUACGCAAACAGAAAACCAGCAGCAAAAAGACAUGAAGCCAAAACCCAAAACUAGUUGGUCGUAUUUUCAAAAAGACUGUAGCUGCUUAAAAAGAGUGCAGAAAAGCUGGAGCUGGCAGGAAAAGGAAGACAAAAGGAAACGCUUGCACUCCCUUUUCUUGCCUUCCUUAGCAGAGCUUUUGAAUAUGCCAUUUAGCCGGCUUUCCCACACUGGCUCAUGCCACGGAAUUGGAGACAAAGGCAGGGCGAAACGGAAGGUGGUAGAAACCCGCACCUUGUGUUUGAUACCCGUGUGCCUAACAAAGGGUUUGUUGCGUUUCACUGGAAUAUCCAUGUGUGAUGACAGCUGCCCUGAUCCUGCAAAGCCUCAUGCCCAUCUUUAAUAUACUCCAGUGGUGCUGCUCAUACACGUAAGUGUUGGCAGGACCUGGCCUCGCGUGGCCUAUGUAAUCAAAAGUGAGGAGCGAUUUUAGGUAUCCACCUUGACACACCUAAAAGGGGCCUGAUUUUCAAAAAGCACAGAGCACCUGCCCUUCAAAAAACACUCAUUAAAGGUGGCUCAAAUAACAUCCACUAUCAGUAGUCACAUUUGAAAAUCUGGGCCAGUCUUUAAUAGUUAGACACACAUUCGCAUGUAGUUUCAUAGAACUAAGCAUCUAAGAAAAGGCUUUCUAGAAUCUAGAAAAGCUAAAGAUCAAGUAAAAUAUGAAAUUCCGAAAUGCUGGAAAAUGGUGUUAUACUCCAUUCUGUACAUUAAACCAAAACUGAAAAGCCAUAGCUUGGCGCUUUCUUCGGAUUAGUUUGUUACAAUGUGUUCUGUUGUUCUAGAGAACUUUAAGUAUCUGGGUUGGUUUGUUUUAAAGUGAACAUUUUUUUGCUUGUGAGUUAUUUUGUGCCGAUGUAAGUUUCCUACUUCAGGCCUUACUGAGAAAUAGCACAACCUUGCUGUACAUUUUGAAAAUGGUUUGCAGUUUAGAUCAUAGAUCCAUAAAGAUAUCCAUUUCUCUCACCAGUCAGGUCUCUAUCCUGAAACUGGUUAGCAGGUUGAAAUGCACACCUUCUUUCUGCUGGAGACCGAGUGAAGAGAAUUCACUUAUCUGAAGAAGGAGAACACAAAUACUGAAAUGAAGGAGAAUUUUUUCUAUUCCAAUAGAAAAGGGAACAUAAUCUGCAAUCCUGAUUUAAUGAGAGACUCUAAAUAAUUAAUGUUGUACAUAAGAAUGGCCAUACUGGGUCAGACCAAAGGUCCAUCUAGCCCAGUAUCCUGUCUUCCGACAGUGGCCAAUGCCAGGUGCCCCAAAGGGAAUGAACAGAACAGGAAUCAUCAAGUGAUCCAUCCCCUGUUGCUCAUUCCCAGCUUCUGUCAAACAGAGGCUAGGGACACCCUCCCUGCCCAUCCUGGUUAAUAGCCAUUGAUGGACCUAAUAGGCACCAAAAUGAAUGAAGGACCUCUUUAUGAUUUGUUUUUACCAAAGUAUUCAGUAUAAACCAAAUCUAGCAUUUUACCCAAGGCAUAGUGGAGUUUUUUGUAAGUGAUAUAAGAAAUAUAUUUCUAUGAAGGAUUAAUUGAAGCCUCGAAGACUCAAUCCACUGACAGCAUUCCUAAGUGCUUCCCAGAAAUUGAUCUGCUUUUUAAUGUUAAGAGUUUUGUUUGAUAGUUGCAUCCAGCACUGUUCAAAACAGGUCUUAUUGCGCUCAUAAAAUAUUUUCUUUUAAGGCUGA